AUGAACAAUCCUUCCUUCUGCGAGCUUACAGAGACAUGUACACUUCUUGAGGAGGGCGUGGUAGAGAGAGCGGUCGGGUUCAAGAGCCCCACCGUCGAUGAGGUCCAGCACAUGAAGGCCGGUUCCUUAGGCGUGCUGGCUCUUACACGCAAAGAAAAAAUCCCACCAGGAGAAGAAUUACUUCCCUUCCUCUGCUGUCCGAGUCGUUACCUGCCACCGCACUUGCAAGAGGAUGGCAACGUGGAGAAGCUGGGCGGAAUGGGUUCCUUGGUUUAUUUUGGGCGGCGGUGGUAG